GAGCGCUCUUCUCGGUCGUAGACAAUCUUUGGUGAUUUUUUUCUCGGUCAACCACAGCUCGCACAAGCUGGCGAACAAAAGCUGAUAAAGCUGUGCAUGCUUUAAAAGUUCAAGUUUAUUCUCCACAUCAUACACAUGUGUCAAAUAAAACUUUCACUAAAGCAAGAAGAGAACAUAUUGUGGAUGGAGUUUUAUUUGUGUUGCCAACUCCUCUGGUUUUGAGGACAUUUCCUAUUCCAGAAGUUUCUGUUUGACGUCAUCACUUGCAAUGGACGCUGUGGGACUGGAGAGAAGUAUAACGUCCCGGUGGAGAUAAAAAGCCUGGACACGAAAGGGUGCGGAUCUCCUCUCUGCUCUGACUGCAGCGCGAGGCUACUGUCAACUUCACCACCUCCUGGAUGCAAAGGGGUGCGGGUCUCCUCUCUGCUCUGACUAGAGCUGGGACUGCUGCGCGAGGCUACUUUCAACUUUACCAUCUGAUGGAGCAGGCAGCUUUGAGAAUCUGACAAUAUUCCAUGAGAGCUUUCUGCUAUCAUUUGGUUGAAAGACCAGCAAGAAAGGAUCAUGAUGUCUAUCCGGAGACUUCGAGGCGACCCUAAAACCCUCGGGGAUGUCAAUAUGGUGAAGGAGGAGCUGAGGAAUCUUUACUACAAACGACUGUUGCCGAUAGAGAAGCACUAUUCCUUCCAUCAGUUCCACUCUCCGAGCUACGAGGACGCAGACUUUGACAACAAGCCGAUGGUGCUGGUGAUGGGUCAGUACUCAACGGGAAAGACUACUUUUAUCAGAUAUCUAAUCGAACAAGACUUUUUGGGGAGCCGAGUUGGACCAGAGCCAACCACUGAUUGCUUCACAGCCUUAAUGCAUGGGGAGGCGGAGGGAGUCAUACCAGGGAAUGCCCUCACCAUGGAUCCCAAAAAACCCUUUCGCAACCUUGACCCUUUUGGAAACACUUUUCUAAACAGGUUUCAGUGUGUACAGAUGCCCAAUCAGGUCCUUGAGAGUAUCAGCAUCAUCGACACGCCGGGCAUUUUAACUGCAGCAAGGAAAAAACUAAGCAGGGGCUACGACUUCCCAGCUGUGCUGCGCUGGUUCGCCGAACGUGUGGAUCGAAUAAUCCUGCUGUUCGACGCACACAAGCUGGAGUUCUCGGAUGAGCUCACCCGGGCCUUCGGGGCUCUGUUUGGCUACGAGGACAAGUUACGAGUGGUCCUGAACAAGGCCGACAGGGUCGACUCCCAGCAACUCAUGAGAGUAUAUGGCGCCCUCAUGUGGUCGUUGGGCAAAGUGUUUAGGACGCCUGAGAUUUUGCGAGUUUACAUUGGAUCUUUUUGGUCAGAGCCAAGACAAACGUGUGACCACUACGAACUGAUCGAGCUGGAGGAGGAGGACCUCUUGGCCGACAUAAGGAACCUUCCACAUAACGCUGCCGUGAGGAAACUGAAUGACUUGGUGAAGAGAGCCCGGCUGGUGAGGGCCCAUGCACACAUUAUCAGCUAUUUGAAGCAAGAGAUGCCAACUUUUUUUUGCAAAGAGAGCACAAAGCACAAUCUGAUCUACCAGCUUCCUGUCAUUUUCACCAAGAUCCAGCAGCAACACCGAGUUCCAGCAGGAGAUUUCCCCGACUGCACUAAGAUGCAGGAGCAGCUCCUGGGUCAGAAUUUCUCCAAGUUCAAGAAACUCAAACCGAGUCUGAUGUCUUCGCUCGAUAAACUCCUGAACAACGACAUAGCAAACCUGGUGCCCAUGCUGCAGCAACAAGAACUGAUCAAGAAAUCCCUCCCGGGUGUGCUCGACGGCGAGUUCCUCGGAACGUUCAGGCGCGAACAUUACAAGAGACAUCCCUUCAAAGAACUCGAAGAAGACAGCGACCGGGACUUCCACGAGUGGGUCGUGGAGAGACACAAGCCAAAGUAUGACGAGAUCUUCUACAACCUCAGCCCGAACGAGGGCAAACUGAGCGGCGCCAAAGUCAAAGCGUGGAUGAUAACGACCCUUCUGCCCAAUUCGGUGCUUGCACAUAUCUGGCGGCUGUCGGAUGUCGAUGGUGAUGGUAUGUUGGACAAUGAAGAGUUUGCUCUGGCUGUCCACCUUAUUGAAGGAAAACUCGAAGGCCAUUGGCUCCCGCGUGAGUUGCCCUCUUACCUGCUGCCGCCUUCGAAACGACUAAACACGACGGAAACUGAAAUAUAAGCAAGAUUUCACAGUGAAAAAAACCUGAGGAUGUGUACAUUAUUUGUACAGAAGGAAGGGGAUUCAUAAGGCCCCAUUAGUUGCGGUCUACCUGACACAAGACACGUGACAAAUUGGGGGUUGUACUAUCCACUUUAGCCACCAAAUGGCAGCAGUGUUCAUCCAUCCAUCCAUUUUCUACCGCUUUUUCCUUUUGGGGUCGCGGGAGGCGCUGGUGCCUAUCUCAGCUACAAUCGGGCGGAUGGCGGACUGCACCCUGGACAAGUCGCCACCUCAUCGCAGAGCCAACACAGAUGGAAAGACAACAUUAGCACACACAUUCACACUCUUGGGCCAAUUUAGUGUUGCCAAUCAACCUAUCCCCAGGUGCAUGUUUUUGGAAGUGGGAGGAAGCCGGAGUACCCGGAGGGAACCCAUGCAGUCACGGGGAGAACAUGCAAACUCCACACAGAAAGAUCCCGAGCCCGGGAUUGAACCCAAGACUACUCAGGACCUUCGUAUUGUGAGGCAGACGCACUAACCCCUCUUCCACAAGUGUUGAAUAUCUUAAAAUGUGCUUUGUGGCAAUUCCAACGUUCAGUACAGCAUCAGUUGCUAUGUGGAGUGGCGCUUUCCAGCAUUUCCAGCAAAACGCAUUGCCAAAUGAUUCCCCACCCAGGACUGGGGCCAUAUGAAUUCCUUCCCUACUAUACAUAACGUACCACUAAAAGCCAUGUAACCAUUUGUUAUUGAUAGUAUUCAGGACCAUUCUACGGGAAUCUGUGCCAUUUUCUUGUUGUAACUCUCGAAUUAAACAUGAAUUUCUGUA